ACGCUUUAAAAUAAUUAAAAAAAAAAGAUUUUCGUCUUUUGACUGUUUUGUUUUCCAAUCGAACGCACGAAGAUAUUGUUAACCGGUCUCGAUCUCAUUCUUUAGGGUCAAAAGUCACGGUCAACUAUUCAAUAUUAACCGCUUGCGUUUCACCGGACUUGCGCUCUCCGGCGACCGGAAAAAUCUGCAUCUCAAAGGAAGCGGAGAACUUACUUAUAGCUGAGAAAGAAAAGUGUGUCUGAAGGAAUCAGAUGGGAAGCAGCAACAGAAGUGGAGAACAAAGAAAGCAAAUGGCAGAACUUAGCAAAAACCUUAAAGAAGGUGAGAGGAUUCUGGAGCCUACACGUAGACCUGAUGGUACACUCCGGAAACCCAUCCGGAUUCGAGCUGGACAUGUUCCAGAAGAUGAAGUUGUCAUCUAUCAGUCCAAAGGUUCUUUGAUGAAGAAGGAGAUGGCCUCGCUAGGACCUCCAGGUUAUGAACCUGAUCCAACUCCUAAACCAAAGACCAAAGCUGCUAAGAGAAACGAACGUAAGAAAGAGAAGAGAUUACAGGCUGCUGCAGAAAAAGGUAACAUCUCUGAGGAUGGAUCAAGUAAUCUUGACAAGGAAGAGGCUGCUCCAAGCAAUGGAACUCAAUCUGUGAAUGUAUUGGUUUCUGGUUUGGAUGCUUUGAACCUUGGUGAAGCACGCAAUCCAGGAACUGCAGGUGAAGACACUGAGAAGAGAAUACGUGCACUUAAGAAGAAAAUACGACUCACAGAAGCUCAACAGCAGAAGACUGCUCCCAAAGACCUAAAGCCAGAGCAACUGGAGAAGUUCUCUAAGUUGGAGGAAUGGAGGCAAGAACUCAAGGCUUUGGAGGAUAAGGAGGAGGCGUAGCACUCUGCUGCAUCUGACAUGUAACUGUCUAGCUUUCAGACAGGUUGUAGCUUUUCUCAUGAACAAUUGUUAGAAGAACCAAUCUAAAUUUGUAUGAAUGAAAAGGAGGCUGUUCUUUGAGCUUUUUUGUCAGAAGUCUGGUUAAUGAACUUGGCUCAAUGCCUACUUUGUGUGAUGGUGUUUGGUCUGCACCUAAAGCAUGUGCUUACAACUAGAUACAUAAGUAUUUAUUAUUGGUGCGAAACUGGGGGAGAGGCUAUUUAGUGAAGGAGAGAAAGAUUGUACUAAGUGAUUACUGUUGGUGUCUUUUUUUAGUUAAUAUGUCAUUUAUGUCACACA